AUGAGUGCUUUUCUUGUUUAUGGACAUAGGUCAAGAGGAAAACAUAGCAGCAACAAGGAACUUCGACAGCUAAAGGCACAAUCUGAACUUCGAACAGGCUUUCGGUCAAGUGAAGUGGAACAAAAGCAAAGUAACCGUAACAACAAAGAACAAAUGAAAUUUAUGAGCUUCAAAUUAAUGUGCAAUUCCUUGGAAAAUGUUUUCGUUAUUUUUGUCGUGGUAAUUGCUAUAAUUUUAUGUAUAACACUUAAGUUCUUUACCAUUGAAUGGUAA